AUGUUUAUUGAAUUUAAUAAAUGUGUUGUUGAUAAUUUUACUGAAUGCCUGGAAGAGAUUUGUGGAAAGACAAAUAAUUCUAUUGUUCAAUAUGUUAGAAAUUUUUCACAACAAUAUUUAAGAAAAUAUAUUCAGAAGGGGUAUGUUGAGGCAAAACUUGCUAAAGUUGAAAAAAUGGUUCAAAUAAAUAAGGAUUCUAUCAUUGGUCAAGUUAAUAGUGGAAAAUCAUUAUCAAGAAAUUCAUCUUUUGGAGUAACAGAUGCAAAUAAUAAAAUGAUUAAUGCAUCCAUAAAUAAAGAGUCAAGGCCAAUGAUUAAAAAUGACAGUGAAACAGAAAUUAAUGAAAAUAUAAUAAUUUUAAGAAAAAAUCGGUCAUCAACUCUUACAAAUCCAAAUUUGACAAGUACAAUAGAAAUCAGAAAACUUAUUGCCCAAAGUACUCCAAAUGAUUUUUAUAUUGAUAAAAAUAUGGUUAAUGAGGAUGAGGAGGAGGAACGUAUACGUAACAUCAAAGAACGAAUAGAAUCAGCAAAUAUAUUUACUUCUGAUAUGACAGAAAGAAAAAAAACACGAAACAUGUUUGGAAUACGUAAAAAAGAUAAACAUAAAUUUAGUAUUGGAAAAGGUAUAUUAGCUUCAGGUAUUGGAAGUGUUGCAAUAAGCUCAAAUCAAACAACAGCUAAAAAUAGCAGUAACCCAAGUAUAGGUGAACUGGAAUUAGAAAAUGGAGAAAAAGAACUUGAUAAUAGUACAUCAAGUAUUGCAGAAGGAAAGCAUCAUCUUACCACUAUUCAAAGUGUUGAUGAAGAGGAAAAAAUUAUAAAUAAUGAUGAAAAUGAAAUAAAUCAAAACGAUUGA